GUGUGGUAACGUCCAGCUGCCGCCUCUUUUCUCUCUCUCUCCCCCCCCCCCCCCCCCCUCGCUCUCUAUCAGUUGCAAGUUGCAAGCUGCAAGCUUUGAAAGAGAGUAACUCUCGUCCGCUCAACUCCUUCUCUCGGGUGAAUCUUCUUAGUGCUUCAGAUUUUGUGCUGGAGAGUUAUUUGGCUGUUCCAUAGCCUAAUGACCAACAGUAGCAGAAUUAUCACUUCCAUUUUUGCUGAUAAUCCAAUUGGGAAGCUUCCAGAUCACCUGCUAAUAGAAAUCUUCAUCCGGGUUCCCAUGUCGGAAUGGGUGCAAUUAUCUUGUGUGAAGAAGCAGUGGGCUAACCUGUUUCGAGGAGAAUGUCCGUGGAAUGCUGCCCUUCUCAGAAAUUUUCCUUUUGCUGGCCAUGCUAAAAGGUGGCCUGGGCCUAUCCCUCGAGGAUUGAGCAAAAGGAGGUAUACUGCUUUAUAUAUCAGUAAGCACAUCUUUUCACUUGAUACUGCAUUGGAUGAGAAUCAUGAGAUAGUGGGCCAUAUCUAUUUGUUUUUGAAGGAGCAACUCGAAAUUUCAACCAUGCCUACUCCUGCUGGUAUACUUCAUGGGACUAUUAUAGAUCAGUUUAUUGCCUGUGGCAAAACACGAGACAAGGCGUAUGAGCUUGCUUCACAAAUCUGGUUAUCUGUUAUCGACAAUUUGGAGGAAAAUGAGCACACGUUUCUUUUACUUAAACGCCUGGCGUUAGAGAAAGAUGUUUUUCUACCCUAUCCAUACACAAGAUCACAAAAAGUCCAGUGGAGGGUGUUUGAGAAACUCUUCACAGAUUUCCGCGAUUGCUUCAAUCACGAUGACUAUUACGACGUAUUGGCGUGUGCAAAGCAUAAAUUUCAGCCAAUACCAUCUGCUUGGUUAGGUUACUAGCUGUUAUGGCAUAUGCGGUGAACGCCUUAUAAAUGUGUAUAGAACUGUCUUGUUUGGUGGAACCACAGGGUGAAGCAACAUGGUUGGAUGAUGCCAAGUAUUGGAUGCUCUAGCGACUAGCGCAAUAAAAUUGUACUGUAUUGCAGCACAGUGUUUCUCUUGGCGAAUCGUUUUUUUUUUUAUCACUAUGUAUGGGUUUGACUCAAUAUUCUUAGCAACUAGUACUUAAAUUGUGUAUCUCUGUAAUGAGUCAUAUGCUUUAUUCUAUCUA